GGGAUGGCCACAACAUGGCAGAAAAUCCAACUGUUCUACCAAGGGGUGCUAGAUAAUGGAGACAAAAGAACUGACAGCUGGUUGCUGGUGUACUCACCUGUGCCAAUCACUUGCAUCUUCCUGUGCUACCUGCUCCUCAUAUGGGUGGGCCCCAAGCUGAUGGCUCAGAGACAGCCAGUCAACCUCAAGCCUGUGCUCAUCAUGUACAACUUUGCUAUGGUCUGCCUGUCUGCCUAUAUGUUCUAUGAGUUCACAGCGUCAUCCUGGUUGGCAAACUAUAGUAUAUUAUGUCAGCCAGUGGACUACAACACCAGCCCACUGGCAAUGCGGAUGGCCAAGGUCUGCUGGUGGUUCUACUUCUCCAAAGUCAUCGAGCUCAGUGAUACUCUUUUCUUCAUCCUGAGGAAGAAGAACAGUCAGCUGACGUUCCUGCAUGUCUACCACCACGGCACCAUGAUCUUCAACUGGUGGGCUGGGGUCAAAUACGUGGCAGGAGGCCAGUCCUUCCUUAUAGGCCUUAUCAACUCAUUGGUGCACGUGGUGAUGUAUCUAUACUAUGGGCUGGCAGCGCUGGGGCCUCACAUGCAGCAGUAUCUGUGGUGGAAGCGCUACCUCACUUCCCUGCAGCUGCUCCAGUUCUUCAUAGUGACCAUCCACACCAGCUACAACCUGUUCACUGACUGCGACUUCCCAGACUCCAUGAAUGCUGUGGUGUUUGCCUACUCCCUCAGCCUCAUCGUACUCUUCAGAAACUUCUACUAUCAGAGCUACCUCACCAAGAAGAGCAAACAGACAUGAGACACGGAUGUAGAGGCAAUUAUUACUUUUAUUAAAUUGAUCAUGUAUGUUUUUUAAAUAUUUAUUGACCCUUCACGUUUAAGUAAAGCAGGUCUCUAUCCGCUGGACAUAAG